AUGGCGCUAUGCCCCGAUCGCCCCGUGGGUGUGACGAAGUGGCGUGCUGCGUUUCUUGGCGUUAAUCAUUGUUUUUUUUGUUUCCACGUUUUCUGUGUGUUGGGUGUUUGUUUGUUGUGUCUCUUGUUUGUCGUCCUCUCUCUCUCCUGUGUGUCGAUGCUGUGCUGUUAUCUAGCUUUGAGCUGCGUGUUAUUAUUUGGAACACUGAUGACGUAGUUCUAGAGGACGAUGCUUUCAUGACAGGAGAGAAGAUGUCUGACAUUUAUGUCAGGGGGUAAAACACAUAUGAUUCCAUCGCAUGGCUCGUACAAACCCAUCGCCAUCCCUUAUCCGCCCCUCCCUCACCUAAACAACCAGAACGACUGCUCAAGACCCACCCCUCUCCCUCAGCCCUCCUAUCAGCACGCAGUAAACCCCCAUGCCUUCACGCCUACAGACAGAGGAAGCCAAUCAGGGCCAUACCACUAAAACAGCCUAAAGAGGUCAGUGUCAUUGAAGACAACACACAAAUGACACUAGGGCCAGGCCAUCUACUAAUCUGAAAUUCACUAAUCGUUAUUGAAUUAACCAAAUAAUGGAUUGUAAACGGUUUGCAAUAUGUUCUGUGGAUGACACACUUAUUGAUUUAGAAUUUUUAUUUUCAGUCAGUUCUCAUACACAUUAUAUUGGAUAUAAGCCAGGGUAAGUCAAUAACAGUAUUUUGUUUUGACUUGCCAAUUUCUAAUAAUCCUUACAUCCUUGUUUAACUGGUAUGGUCCUGCCUUCCUACAGCAGCAUAUGUACAUUGUCUUGGGCAGGGGUUAAACUACAGCACUAGUAAAGAAUGCUUGCAUGGGAAAUUGACUAUUAUUCCUUAUUGUUUUUUUUUGCAAUUUUAUUGUAAUUUGCUGCUUCUUAAUAAUUAUGUUGUUAAUAGAAUAUCAAUACUAAUGGACGUUGAAAGUCGUAUAAAUGUUUUUGGCUGAGGCUCCUCCCCUCCAGCUUCUCUAAUGUGCCCACCUUCAGGGUUUCAAUUCAGUCCAUUCAGAAUGUUUUAUUUUAUUUUAUUCUAGUUGAAGAAUUUAAAACUGCAAUCAAUUUUGAAAGAUACAUUUUUUAUCCUUGAAAUUUGAAUUUUGCUUUCCUUUCUGAAUUGAAAUUGAAUGGAACCCAACCCACCUCACCAACCACUGCUCGCUUGGCGCCACUACAGCGAAAAAAACCUCAUUCUUCCACCACAUACAGUACUGUACUGAGACUGCAUUUAGACAAAUGUUGCAUUGUAUGACACUUCUGCUUAUGUUAAUCUUGUCGUAUCUGCAUCUUCCCUCCAAUGAAGGAAAGCACUGUCAUAAACGCUUUUGAAAUCAUUUAUUUUACUAUUUUUUUUGUGGAAAUUUGUGUGUGUGCAUGGCAUUUGAAAUCAUGUGACCCUCCAACACCAAAUCAGGUUAUUUGUAUUUAAAUACUCAGUUCAAACUGUAUUCUCAUUCAGUCGUUAUCAGAUGGUACACUUGAUAUAGAAUUUACCCAGGUCCACACAAUAUCACCAUUAUUUCAUAGCCAUAAUUCAAUUUGUUUGAAUUAAUAAUCUCAUACAGUGAGGGAAAAAAGUAUUUGAUCCCCUGCUGAUUUUGUACGUUUGCCCACUUACAAAGAAAUGAUCAGUCUAUAAUUUUAAUGGUAGGUUUAUUUGAACAGUGAGAGACAGAAUAACAAAAAAAAAAUCCAGAAAAUCGCAUGUCUAUAAUGUUAUAAAUUGAUUUGCAUUUUAAUGAGGGAAAUAAGUAUUUGACCCCCUCUCAAUCAGAAAGAUUUCUGUCUCCGAGGUGUCUUUUUAUACAGGUAACGAGCUGAGAUUAGGAGCACACUCUUAAAGGGAGUGCUCCUAAUCUCAGUUUGUUAACUGUAUAAAAGACACCUGUCCACAGAAGCAAUCAAUCAAUCAGAUUCCAAACUCUCCAAAAUGGCCAAGACCAAAGAGCUCUCCAAGGAUGUCAGGGACAAGAUUGUAGACACAAGGCUGGAAUGGGCUACAAGACCAUCGCCAAGCAGCUUGGUGAGAAGGUGACAACAGUUGGUGCAAUUAUUCGCAAAUGGAAGAAACAUAAAAUAACUGUCAAUCUCCCUCGGCCUGGGGCUCCAUGCAAGAUCUCACCUCGUGGAGUUGCAAUGAUCAUGAGAACGGUGAGGAAUCAGCCCAGAACUACACAGGAGGAUCUUGUCAAUGAUCUCAAGGCAGCUGGGACCAUAGUCACCACGAAAACAAUUGGUAACACACUACGCCGUGAAGGACUGAAAUCCUGCAGUGCCCGCAAGGUCCCCCUGCUCAAGAAAGCACAUAUACAGGGCCGUCUGAAGUUUGCCAAUGAACAUCUGAAUGAUUCAGAGGAGAACUGGGUGAAAGUGUUGUGGUCAGAUGAGACCAACAUCGAGCUCUUUGGCAUCAACUCAACUCGCCGUGUUUGGAGGAGGAGGAAUGCUGCCUAUGACACCAAGAACACCAUCCCCAUCAUCAAACAUGGAGGUGCAAACAUUAUGCUUUGAGGGUGUUUUUCUGCUAAGGGGACAGGACAACGUCACCGCAUCAAAGGGACGAUGGACGGGGCCAUGUACCGUCAAAUCUUGGGUGAGAACCUCCUUCCCUCACCCAGGGCAUUCAAAAUGGGUCGUGGAUGGGUAUUCCAGCAUGACAAUGACCCAAAACACACGGCCAAGGCAACAAAGGAGUGGCUCAAGAAGAAGCACAUUAAGGUCCUGGAGUGGCCUAGCCAGUCUCUAGACCUUAAUCCCAUAGAAAAUCUGUGAAGGGAGCUGAAGGUUCGAGUUGCCAAACGUCCGCCUCGAAACCUUAAUGACUUGGAGAAGAUCUGCAAAGAGGAGUGGACAAAAUCCCUCCUGAGAUGUGUGCAAACCUGGUGGCCAACUACAAGAAACGUCUGACCUCUGUGAUUGCCAACAAGAGUUUUGCCACCAAGUACUAAGUCAUGUUUUGCAGAGGGGUCAAAUACUUAUUUCCCUCAUUAAAAUGCAAAUCAAUUUAUAACAUUUUUGACAUGUGAUUUUUUUGUUGUUAUUCUGUCUCUCACUGUUCAAAUAAACCUACCAUUAAAAUUAUAGACUGAUCAUGUCUUUGUCAGUGGGAAAACGUACAAAAUCAGCAGGGGAUCAAAUACUUUUUUCCCUCACUGUACAUUUCUCAUUACUGACUGUUUUUUUAUUGGAGGGUCACAUCAUACAUGUGUGUUGCUUUUGAAAUACUAACGUCCCUUUUUUUGAUUAAAUGGACCACACCUGUAAUGCAUAAAACACAUAGUGUCAUACUAUGAAUUAUCCAUAACAAUCUCAAAUCACAUUCACUGAUGUAAGAUGGUGAUCUGAUUUUCACUGCGUCUGCCUAACCUCCACAGACAACCUUCACACAGAGCAUGAUGAGUGAAGCUAGCUGAUACGGUCCUUACACCCAAUUUACUACAUUACAUGUGAUAUUUAACCCUUUAUAUCAGGUGGCUGAAAGGGCAGCAGGAGGACAAGCAGGACACAGACGUCCACUACCACUCUCUGACAGGUGAGGGGAAUUUCAACUGGCGCUUCGUGUUCCCCUUUGACUACCUGAUGGCCGAGGAGAAAAUUGUCAUCUCUAAGAAGGAGUCCAUGUUCUCCUGGGACGAGACAGAGUACAAGAUCCCUGCACGCCUCACCCUGCAGGUCUGGGACGCUGACCACUUCUCCGCUGAUGACUUCCUAGGUAGGCAUACACUGCUGGGGCUCUCUGGAACGCUACAUAUUCUUAUUUUCAUGUUUAUUGAUUUAUUUUCUAAAAUGUUCAGUAUUCUCUCGGCCACUUCUUCUAUAGCUCUUUUAUCUCAUCCCUCAACCUCUUUCAUCUCUUGUCCUCUUUCUCUCCAGGUUCUUCUCUCUGUAUCUCAGUCUGUCUCUACCUCUCCAUCUUUGUGUAGGAUGUUAAUUUCAUCACCCUGUUGCAGGAUACAUUUUUUAAUAUUUCAAAUUUCCUGUUGCUGCAGGGUUAUUUUCCUGCUGUAGGAAACUGGCUCAAAUUAGGAUCCGACAUCUGUAUCUCCUCAGAUAUUUCCUCAGUUAUUCACUAAUGCCCUGUAUUGUCUCUCCUGACAGGUGCGAUAGAGCUAGACCUGAACAGGUUUCCCCGUGGGGCGAAGACAGCCAAGCAGUGUUCCAUAGGCAUGGUCCAGAACGAGGCUGAGCAGCCCUGCAUUUCCAUCUUCAAACAGAAGAGAGUCAAGGGCUGGUGGCCAUUCGUGGCCCGUGACGAAAACGAUGAGAUGGAACUCACGGUGAGAGAGUGAGAGUGAGAGUGAGAGUGAGAGUGUGUGAGAGAGAGAGAGAGGAGAGAGAGAGAGAGAGAGAGAGAGAGAGAGAGAGAGAGAGAGAGAGAGAGAGAGAGAGAGAGAGAGGAGAGAGAGAGAGAGGAGAGAGAGAGAGAGAGAAGAGAGAGAGAGGAGAGAGGAGAGAGCAGGAGAGAGGAGAGAGAGAGAGAGAGAGAGAGAGAGCUAUCCAAAACGGAGAUGUAUGGGUAAACCACUUCUCCAAUCUUUAUGGCCCUAUAACAAAGAACAAACAGCAACAAAUAUAUACAUGAUCAAAUGCAAAUCUUAGAAUCAACUAUUAAAGACUACCAGAACUCACUGGAUUCUCCAAUUACAUUGAAUGAACUACAGGACAAAAUACAAACCCUCCAACCCAAAAAGGCCUCUGGUGUUGAUAGUAUCCUCAAUGAAAUGAUCAAAUAUACAGACAGCAAAUUUCAAUUGGCUAUACUUAAACUCUUUAACAUCAUCAUUAGCUCUGGCAUCUUCCCCAAUAUUUGGAACCAAGAACUGAUCACCCCAAUCCACAAAAGUGGAGACAAAUUUGACCCCAAUAACUACCGUGAGAUAUGCGUCAACAGCAACCUUGGGAAAAUCCUCUGCAUUAUCAUUAACAGCAGACUAGUUCAUUUCCUCAGUGAAAACAAUGUACUGAGCAAAUGUCAAAUUGGCUUUUUACUAAAUUACUGUACGACAGACCACGCAUUCACCCUGCACACCCUAAUUGACAAACAAACCAAAGCAAAGGUAAAGUCUUCUCAUGCUUUGUUGAUUUCAAAAAGCUUUUGACUCAAUUUGGCAUGAGGGUCUGCUACACAAAUUGAUGGAAAGUGGUGUUUGGGGAAAAACACACAACAUUAUAUAAUCCAUGUACACAAACAUCAAGUGUGCGGUUAAAAUUGGCAAAAAAGACACACAUUUCUUUCCACAGGGCUGUGGGGUGAGACAGGGAUGCAGUUUAAGCCCCACCCUCUUCAACAUAUACAGCUCUGGAAAAAAUUAAGAGACCACUGCAAAUGUUUCUUACAUCAGCAUCUCUACAUGUAUGACAGCCAUUCCAUUCCAGUGUCUGUUGAAUUCCAACACAGGCACACCUCAUUCUACUGAAUUAGGUACUGAUUAGGUGAUCACCUGAACCAAAUCUUAUUUAACGAGGAAAAGUAUUUAAAAAACACUGCUGUGGUCAUCACUAUCCUCUUGCAAUAGGACCAGCUGGAUGGAAAAAACAGUUUUAUAUUAAUCAAAAAAUAACUAUGGACCCUGCCAAAAGAGUUGAAAAGGAAAGUUUUGAGUGAGGAAAAGAAGGGUUAAAUUCUGGUUUUACUGGCAGAGGGAUACAGUGAGCAUCAGGUUGCUUCCGUCCUUAAAAUGUCAAAGACGGCGGUUCAUAAGAACAAGCUCAAGCAGCAGACAUUGGGGACAACAAAGCUACAGACCGGCAGAGGGCGAAAACGACUCUCUACUGACCGGGAUGACCGCCAACUCAUUCGAAUGUCACUCAAUAACUGUAGGAUGACAUCAAGUGACCUACAAAAAUAAUGGCAAAUGGCAGCUGGGGUGAAGUGCACGGCGAGGACGGUUCGAAACAGGCUCCUAGGGGCAGGGCUGAAGUUGUGCAAAGCUAGAAAAAAAAGCCCUUAAUCAAUGAGAAGCAAAUAAGAGCCAGGCUGAGGUUUGCAAAAGACCAUAAGGAUUGGACCGUAGAGGACUGGAGUAAGGUCAUUUUCUCUGAUGAGUCCAAUUUUCAGCUUUGCAAAACACCUGGUCGUCUAAUGGUUAGACGGAGACCUGGAGAGGCCUACAAGCCACAGUGUCUCGCACCCACUGUGAAAUUUGGUGGAGGAUCGGUGAUGAUCUGGGGGUGCUUCAGCAAGGCUGGAAUCGGGCAGAUUUGUCUUUGUGAAGGACGCAUGAAUCAAGCCACGUACAAGGUUGUCCUGGAAGAAAACUUGCUUUCUUUUGCUCUGACAUUGCCCAAAUCUGAGGAUUGGUUUUUCCAGCAGGACAAUACGCCAUGCCACACAGCCAGGUCAAUCAAGGUGUGGAUGGAGGACCACCAGAUCAAGACCCUGUCAUGGCCAGCCCAAUCUCCAGACCUGAACCCCAUUGAAAACUUCUGGAAUGUGAUCAAGAGGAAGAUGGAUGGUCACAAGCCAUCAAACAAAGCCGAGCUGCUUGAAUUUAUGCGCCAGGAGUGGCAUAAAGUCACCCAACAUCAAUGUGAAAGACUGGUGGAGAGCAUGCCAAGACACAUGAAAGCUGUGAUUGAAAAUCAGGGUUAUUGCACCAAAUAUUGAUUUCUGAAUUCUUCCUAAGUUAAAACAUUAGUAUUGUGUUGUUUAAAAAUGAACAUGAACUUAUUUUCUUUGCAUUAUUCGAGGUCUGACAACACUACAUAUUUUUUGUUAUUUUGACCAGUUGUCAUUUUCUGCAAAUAAAUGCUCUAAAUGACAAUAUUUUUAUUUGGAAUUUGGGAGAAAUGUUGUCAGUAGUUUAUAGAAUUAAAAAAAUGUUAAUUUUACCCAAACACAUACCUAUAAAUAGUAAAACCAGAGAAACUGAUAAUGUUGCAGUGGUCUCUUAAUUUUUUCCAGAGCUGUAUAUCAACGAAUUGGCGAGGGCACUAGAACAGUCUGCAGCACCCGGCCUCACCCUACUAGAAUCUGAAGUCAAAUGUGAUCUGAUUCAAGACUGUCUGUUGGCCACGUUAUGGCUGUCAUUAUAAAACGAGUUUGUCUUUGGCAGCCGUACAGAAAAUACAAUGCAUCCGUCAUAAAAUGACCCGAUACCUUUGGGGUUCUGAUGGCACUGAGGCUGGUCUGUUCUGAAAUGAGGCUUUUGGUCUGUCUACAAGGGCGGCUGUAGGAAGUCGAUGAUAUCCGAGGCUGCCACCACCUCUUCAGGAGUUGGGUGCUGCAGUCUGGUGUCAGUCUAUGUGAACUGCCCUCACCCCAUCCCUCAGGUGUGCUGCAGUCUGGUUGGUCAGUCUGAGACCACAUGACCUGUAGCCUACGGCCCAGACUCCUCCAUCACACACAGCCCUCUGGUUCCAUAGAGGUGGAGGGGCUUCCCACCAUAAUGGCUGCCCAUCCUGUGUUUUCUCUUGACGUGUUGCGGUGCAGAAUCAGGUUGCUGACCUACUCCCAACAUGUUCUCCAGACCCUGAAGGGCAGGUUAACCGUGUGGUCGGUGUAUCAAACUAAGCAGCUCAUUCGCGAAACCCUGAAUAUUGUAUUGAAUGUAGAGUGUGCAAUUUGAAGAGAUUCGUAUGAAAAUGUAUGCACUAACUGUUAAGUCGCUCUGGAUAAGAGCGUCUGCUAAAUGACAAAUGUAAAAUGUAUGUAAAUGUAUACAAAAAAAACGAUACAUACCUCGGCGUUAACAUCAGCGCCACAGGUAACUUCCACAAAGCUGUGAACGAUCUGAGAGACAAGGCAAGAAGGGCCUUCUAUGCCAUCAAAAGGAACAUAGGAUCUGGCUAAAAAUACUUGAAUCAGUUAUAGAACCCAUUGCCCUUUAUGGUUGUGAGGUCUGGGGUCCGCUCACCAACCAAGAAUUCACAAAAUGGGACAAACACCAAAUUGAGACGCUGCUUGCUGAAUUCUGCAAAAAUAUCCACAGUGUACAACGAAAAACACCAAAUAAUACAUGCAGAGCAGAAUUAGCCCGAUACCCGUUAAUUAUCAAAAUCCAGAAAAGAGCCGUUAAAUUCUAUAACCACUUAAAAGGAAGCGAUUCCCAAACCUUCCAUAACAAAGCCAUCACCUACAGAGAGAUGAACUUCGAGAAGAGUCCCCUAAGCAAGCUGGUCCUGGGGCUCUGUUCACAAACACAAACAUACAACAACACAUUUAGACCCAACCGAAUCAUGAGAAAACAAAAAGAGAAUUACUUGACACAUUGGAAAGAAUUAACAACAAAACUGAGCAAACUAGAAUGCUAUUUGGCCCUAAACAGAGAAUACACAGUGGCAGAAUACCUGACCACUGUGACUGACCCAAACUUAAGGAAAGCUUUGACUAUGUACACACACACAUCAGUGAGCAUAGCCUUGCUAUUGAGAAAGGCCGUCAUAGGCAGACCUGGCUCUCAAGAGAAGACAGGCUAUGUGCACACUGCCCACAAAAUGAGGUGGAAACUGAGCUGCACUUCCUAACCUCCUGCCAGUUGUAUGACCGUAUUAGAGACACAUAUUUCCCUCAGAUUACACAGAUCCACAAAGAAUUCGAAAACAAACCCAAUUUUGAUAAACUCCCACAUCUACUGGGUGAAAUACCACAGUGUGCCAUCACAGCAGCAAUAUUUGUGACCUGUUGCCACAAGAAACACCAUUGUAAAUACAACCCAUAUUUAUAUUUAUUUAUUUUCCAAUUAUUAUAUUUACAUAUGUUUCCCAUUCCAAUAAAGCCCUUAAAUUAAAUUGAAUUGAAUUGAAUUGAAUUGAAUUGAGAGAGCAAAAGAGAGAGACUAAUCUUGGAAACCCAGAAUAAAAAUAUAUCGUAAUUGUAUCAGAUGCUUGUUUAGGUUCUGGGUCAAGAUGUUGAGAGAAUGAUACUAACGCGACUAGCGAAGUCUCCACCCCCCUAACAAGAAAACUCUCAGCCAACCCCCCCCCCCCCCCCUUCUGAAAACGUCCCGCUUGAAAUCAUUGCUUGAAAUCCCCAUCACUUUAAGCACUACCUUCACCCAAUCCUGUUACGUCCAAAUAACCAGUGACUAAAAACCUGGGCACUGGAACUACUGUUGCUCGUUAGUCGUUGCAUCCCAGAAUCUUUUGACAGACGUUACGAUACCAUUUAUGUUACGUAGUCUUCCCACUAGAGAUUACACACACAGACACGAACACACACGCACACACGCACGGCACACACUUUGGAUGAUUGGAUUGAUUGUGUCAUCUUCUCAGGGUAAAGUGGAGGCGGAGCUUCAUCUGAUGUCGGCAGAGGAAGCGGAGAAAAGUCCUGUUGGUCUGGGACGCAAUGAGCCUGACCCUCUGGAGAAACCAAAGUAAGAUAUUUACAGUUACAGUAUACACAUACACACACACACACAUCAAGACGAUACAUACAAGUUGGGAAAGAAAAUAAUGGCACAGAGUCAGACUUUCCUAUAUUCAUCCACUUCCUUCAGGAGUCCUAUUCACACAACGCAAAAAAACUGUGCUAGUGUUACAAGAGACCGUAUUUAAUUGAUUUCAAAACCUCUCAUUGUGCAUCCAUCAGAAGCUAGUGAUAGUUUAUUCAGAGUAUAUAUGGUGCACACAAGACAUACGGCCUAUUUUAUCAACAGCACCUCUUUGCGCUGUGAAAAUGCCACCCUUAUACCUUCACACUAUCAAUCUGUUCUCCUGUCAUUCCUUCACCUGUCUCCCGCUGUUUCUUUUCUUCCUUCCUCUGUGUUGCCUCUCUCCCUCCCCUCCAACCUGCAUUGUCUUUCCUUCCAUAUACAUCCCCUCCACCUCUCCCUUCCUCUCCUCCCCCUUCUUCUGAAGUCGCCCGGACACUAGUGUCAUGUUGUUUGUGAACCCUCUGAAGUCCAUCCGCUACUUCAUCUGGCACAACUACCUCUGGCUGAUCCUCAAGGCCCUGGGCCUGCUGCUGCUGCUGCUCCUAUACUGUCCUCUGUCUCUGUCCCCUAUACUGUCCUCUGUCUCUGUCCCCUAUACUGUCCUCUGUCUCUGUCCCCUAUACUGUCCUCUGUCUUUGUCCCCUAUACUGUCCUCUGUCUUUGUCCCCUAUACUGUCCUCUGUCUUUGUCCCCUAUACUGUUCUCUGUCUCUGUCCCCUAUACUGUCUGUCUUUGUCCCCUAUACUGUUCUCUGUCUUUGUCCCCUAUACUGUCCUCUGUCUCUUGUCGCUCAACCUGCCAGUGUCUGGCAUCAAUCCUGAGUCUUCCAUUGUGCAUCACACUGUCAUUACGCUGGAGGCUUCAGGGAAAUACCUAUUAUAUGUAGCUAUUUUCAAGUGAGAUGUCAAACAAACAUCUCAUUGUAUAUCUGUGUCUCCAUCGUCUGAGUAAUAUAUCUGUGCUUGCGAAUUGUGCAGUGGUCUUUUGGUUCUGUAUAAAAUAAAAAGAAUGUUGCUAUUUUGUAAACAGGUUUGUUUGUGUAGUAGUGUAUGGAGAAAUUGUGAUCAGUUAGUCAUACCACUAACGCUUGUUCUCCUCUUUUCUCUCUUUACCCCACACCUCGGCCCCCUUAUCACCAUUUCCCCACCCCACCCACUACCCUCCCUUCAUCCCACUCACCCUUCUGUCCCCUCACCUCUACCUCUCCCACAACCGCCCCCUAUCUACCCCAUAUCUUUCCCCACUCCCUUCCCUUAUACCCUCCUUUACACACUUUUAACCCUCAACCCCCAUCCCGUCCAUCCCAUGCCCCGCUAUCUACCCCUCUAACCUUACCCCCCCCCCAUCCCCCCAGUCGGCCAGACACCACCUUCCUGUGGUUCCUGAGCCCGCUGAAGGCUAUCCGCUACCUGGUGUGUAACCGCUACAAGUGGCUUAUCAUCAAGAUCAUUGUGGCCCUGCUGCUGCUCAUGAUGCUGGGGCUCUUCCUCUACAGCAUGCCUGGCUACCUGGUCAAGAAGCUGCUGGGGGCUUGAGGGGGCUGGAUGGGGCUGCAGGCAUGGGUACCAGGGUGGGUUGGGGGGUGGUCGAGACGCAGAGGAGGGGUGGGGUACCACGCACUUCCACUUUCUACUGUUUAUACUCACAACCUCAAACAACAUCCCCCCGUCUAUCCCUCAGUACCCUCCCCCCAAACAGACUCGCCUCAGUGCUGCUGGGUGCGUAAGGGAGAAAAUAGGGGAGGGAAGGGUGGAUAGAUGGGAAGACAAGCUGACAGCACUCCCUCCGCAUCCCAGCCUUUCCCCCGCUCCGCCACCCCUCUAACCAUGGCAGUGCUGCUCAACACACAUACUCAAUGACUUCCUAUCCCUUGGACUUCUAAAAACUAGGAACGACCAUCUACUCUACAGUAGCACAGUGGGCCUAACCGAUCAAAUGCUUCACAUCAGGACGCUAACCAAUCAGAAACCUCAUCCCUGCACUGACCACUGACUAACCAAUGAAACUACUCAACCCUGAUCUCAUCAUCAACGAUGCAGCAUACCCUGACGUUAUAGUUGAGAGAUUGUUUAUUUAUUUAUUUAUCUAUGUAUGUGUUUGUUUAUUUAUGACUUAAAUUAUUUGGAAGGUGCCGGAGUCUGGUGUGGCGAUCUAAGCUCCAGAUUCCGGACUACACAUGCCCCCUGGCGACGGGUGUUUGAUCCCCAGCUCUGCGGAUUGUCUGUGCCCUUCCUUUCUGUAUCCCUCUCCGUUACCUGUCUCCUAUUCUGUACUGUCAAUAAAAUAAUAACAAAUAUGGAAGGUGAUCGGAGCUCCCGGUCUCCUAAAAAACAUAUUAAAUUAUUUGGAAGGACAUGGUUAGCGGUCAGUUGAUUGGUACUGUUGGUCUUGCAUGGACAUACAUUUCUCAAGUGAUGUUGUAAUUAUUUCCAUUACUUCUAUGAUACAGUGCCUUCAGUGCCCUUGACUUUUUCAACAUGUUGUUGUCCUACAGCCUGAAUUUAACAUUUCUAACACAGAUUCAACCACAAAGACCAGGGAGCUUUUCCAAUGCCUCGCAAAGAAGGGAACCUAUUGGUAGAUGGGUAAAAAGGUUACCAACAUUGCUUGUUCUGCCCACUAUGAUUAAUUUGCUCCCAUUGGAAAUGAAAGGCUGUGGUCUAUAUUGGGUUAGUUAUAAAAAAGAAUCCUUGUUAUGGGUAUGAUUGCAAUCGAUAAGGACUGGGGAGUUUUUCAGGAUAAAAAAGAAACGUAAUGGAGCUAAGCACAGACAAAAUCCUAGAGGGAAAACCUGGUUCAGUCUGCUUUCCACCAGGUUAUUUUAGGUUAUUUUCUGCAGGAAAAUAACCUAAAACACAAGGCCAAAUCUACACUGGAGUUGCAUACCAAGAAGACAGUGAAGGUUCCUGAGUGGCCGAGUCACCGUUUUGACUUAAGUCUACUUGAAAAUCUAUGGCAAGACCUGAAAAUGGUUGUCUAGCAAUGAUCAACAACCAAUUUGACAGAGCUUGAAGAAUUUUGAAAAUAAUAAUGCUCUUAGAGCCCCAGAAAGACUCACAGCUGUAAUCGCUAUCUAAGUUGCUUCUACAAAGUAUUGGCUCAGGGGUGUGAAUACCUAGGUAAAUUAUAUAUAUUGUUUCUGUAUUUCAUUUUCAAUAAAUGUGCAAAAAUUUCUAAAAACAUGUUUUCACUUUGUCAUUAUCGAGUAUUUAAUAAUUGUUUUAUUCAAUCUGUAACACAACAAAAUGUGGAAUAAGUCAAGGGGUAUGAAUACUUUCUGAAGGCACUGUAUGUCGGUUUUGAAAUGGGAAUCAUUGGGUUUGUGUGAGCUCUUCAACUGGACAAAAUAAAAUGUUUUCCAACAGUUUAAUAGUGUUCCUCUUUAGCUCUUGCACACAUCUAAAAUAAUGAUGAAAAUAUUGAAAAAUGUCUAUUUUCCUAGGACCUACUGUAGUUUAACAAGAUUUAAAGAGGAACAAAGAAUACAAGUAUAGCUUUUGAAUAUGAAUCAAUUAGAGAGGUAAACUUGCUAUUGUUUGGCUUAAAUGAUGUCCUCAAACACCACCAUUUUAUGUUUCUUCACUGCUUUCUUCAGUGACCUGGAACGCUCUUAUUGGUUGUUACUGUUAUCCAGAAAAUGUACAGUAGGUUUAGAGAAAUAUAAGCAUGCAUCUGUAUUCUAACAUCUCACAGUGAUUCAGUUUACAUGGUCAUCAGAUAUGGCAUGACUUCCUUUCUACUGUAGCUUUACAGUCGGUUUCUAAACCUUUUAUCUAUGUCUGGUUCUUGACACGUUUGAAUCAAUGCAGGACCUGAAGUGGUUAUGUGCACCUUAUUGCAAAUAAGCGGUACUGUAAAAGGGAGUGCGGCUUGGCCUCUUGACCUCUGCCCUGUCGGCCUAUCAGAUUGCUUGGUUUGCCCUAUCGGCCUAUCAGAUGACAUGGUUUGCAGUGUGCAGUUCUCUCUGGUUUUCUCUUGCUUGACCUACCAGUAGUUAUGACAUCAUUUGUGUUGCAGUCAUUUUAGUGAUCUCAUGUUCACAAAAUACAAACCGACAAAAAAAUAUUUUAAUGUUUGCAGUAACUCUCGCCUGUUUGUAUGAUAAAGGGUGUAUUAUAUCCUCCUGUUGACGAGUAUGCAAUAUAAACAUUGUUUUAACAAUUAUUUAAAAUAAAUGGAAUUAAUUGAAAUACCCAUUUUGACAAAGAAUGUGGUUUUGUAUCUGGUUACAAUGUGUCAUACAGUGUGUGUUCUUUGUGUUUGAAUGAAUGCCAGAGGUUGCAUUAGUAUCGAUAUGACUCGUUAUGGGUAGUGUUUGUGUGUCCGUGCGUGUGCAUUUCAGUUUUGUGUGUGUGUAACAUCUCUAUCUCUUCCUGCAGUCGUCCCAACACCAGUCUGUCGUGGUUGCUGAGCCCAGUACGUGUGGUGUGUAUCCUGGCCUGGAGGCAGUAUAAGCUGCACUGUGUUCUGCUGCUGGGGGCUGUCCUGGGUCUACUGUUCCUGGGCCUGCUCUUCUUCUCCAUGCCCUCUGCCCUCAGCAACAAGAUCUUCAACAUCGCUGGCUGA